AUGCCUAAUAAACUCAGUGGUAAAGUUGCACUUGUUACGGGGGGUGGAUCCGGCUUCGGCGCAGCCAUAUCAGCCCGUUUUGCGGAAGAAGGAGCCAAAGUUUUCAUCGGUGAUAUCAACUUGACCGGAGCUUCAGCCAUCGCCAAUAAGUACCCGGAUCGGGUCAUUGCAGGUGAACUGAACGUAACGAAACGAUCAGACUGGGAUGCAGCAGUGAAGCGCAUCAUCACAGAGUUUGGCAGGUUGGAUAUUCUUGUUAACAAUGCUGGCACAAGCCACAAGAACAAGCCUACUCUGGAAGUGACGGAGGAAGAAUAUCACUUGACGUUCAACGUUAAUUGUUUCGGUAUCUUCCAUUCGAUCCAAGCGGUUUUCCCUAAUUUUCUCACCCAGGGCGGUGGGGUUUGCUUGAACAUCUCCAGUGUUGGCGCCGAUAGGCCUCGCCACGGUCUGGUAUGGUACAAUGCGAGCAAGGGCGCAGUUUCAAAUGCCACAAAAGGUCUUGCAUUGGAGUAUGGACCAAAAAACAUCCGGGUGAACAGUAUCUGCCCGCUGUUGUCGGGCACAGGGCUAUUUGAAGCCUUUACUGGGGUUGCUGAUACGUUGGAGAACCGCGCAAAGUACAUAUCAAAUGUCCCUUUGGGCCGUUUGAGCGAAGUUGAUGAUGUUGCUAAUGCUGCUCUUUUCUUAUGUUCCGAUGAGGCAAGCUUCAUCACUGGUGUCAAUUUUCCUGUAGAUGGUGGAAGGGGCAUUUAA